GGUAUGGUUAUUGGGUAGAGGUAUGGAGGUAGAGCUAAACCAUGGAAGGUGCAGUUGGUCCCUCGAAUCUACCCAGCACCUCUGGUGGGAAUGCCCCGCCUCCAAGAGGAUUUGGAGAUGGAGGGAGCAACAUUGGCAGGCAUCCAGGGAUGGCUCCAUUAAAUGUGAUGAGCGGUGGGUCUUACUCAGCUUCCUCCCCGCAGCAGGCAAGAGUUGUAAAAGCGGAUGGGGGUAUGUUUGCUCACGUGAUCCGGGGGCUGAUUUGCGAGAUCAUCUGGAGGGACAGGAACAGGGCCAGGUUUCAGAAAAAGCCCACUGUCCGAUUUGGAGAUCAAGAGAUUGGUGAAACAGGGUUUGUGCAAUGCCAUCGAAGUGGACUGGGGGAGGAAAGCACCGCUCUGGGAACGGCAGCAGGAGUCGGCCCAGCUGCUGUCAGCAUCAUGUCGGGAGAAAGCGGCUUCGCCAAGAUCUUGCUUUGGAGGAAUUCGUGCCUUUUGAAGGUGUUGCUGCACGAAGUGUUGCAGGCGUCAAUGCCCCCAGAUCUUUGCGCCCUGCUGUUCCAAGGAAGGAACCUAUCUAGAUUUCUGCGCGACUUUCAUGAUUUUUGCCUUACGAAGUUGUGGGACGAGAAGGCAAUGUGGUACAUGUUCCCCGUGUUCGUUUGUGAAGGACUAAGUGAGGACGUGUACACCCUCAUGUUGAAGUCGCAAACCUGGGAUGAGCUGGAAGCUUCUCUAAAGUUGAGGUUCCCAGAGGAUGGGGUGGAAUGCAGGCUUGGUAAGGGCCCUGAGCAGCCAACCGAGGCCGCGUCAACGCAAGGAGAGCUGAGUGGUAUACAGAGGCAAGUUGGGAUACUGGGAGAGAGGUUGGCGCGGUUGGAAGAAGCCAGGCGUGGAGAGAGGAAGACUUUUGAAGGAGCAUCUAACGGACCGGCUGGGCAGGUUGAGGCGGAGGUAGGGGAGGAUCAUCAGGAAUUACUCCUCCACAAGAGGACCCCGAGAGAGCAAGUUUGCGCCCUAGAAAGAGAUGAAGAUGAGGGGGUCAUUGAGAUCAAGGAGGAGCGAGAAUCUAGUAUGGCCCUACCCGUUAUUGCGUCGGAGCCGAAGGGAGGGCCCAUUGGCAGAGAGGCACCGUCAGCUGCGGUUCGGGGGAGGCAAAGGAGUGAGUGGUGGCCAGAGCACAGGGCAGAAGUGGUAUGUGAUCGUUGGGGAAAGAUUGGUCGCAUCCCUCAAAGAGGCAAGGAAGAGGGGGUGAUGGGUGAAAGAGGGAAACCCGAACCUCCCAAGUUAACGAAGGCUCAGCGGAAGGCGAGGAAUCGGGCCCUGAAAACCCAAGGUACCGGAAAGGGGCAGGGCAUGCGGCAGGGAGGGGCCACCCCGCAAGAGUUGGGAGGAAAGCCAGCACAGGCGGGGCCUCCGCCGACUGAGCGGACAUUAUACGGGCCGUGAACGCCAUACGGUCAAGUGGGACCAAGGCCCAUAUAUAAUUCAUAUCUGCCCUGUGUA